AGUCCAAGGUAUAUCUGGAAAACAAUUAACGCCAUUCUUGUUAUCACAAAUUGCAAUACAAACCCAAGGCAAAUCGGUUGAUUGUAAUUUGAAUCUAGUUUAUAAUAAUGCAAAAGCUGGAGCUGAAAUUGGCAAAGAAUUACUUGCUCUUGAAAAGCAAGUAACCACUCAUAUACCAGAAGUCUUAAGUAAAGAGACACAUAUAUUAACUAAAGGAUCUACCGUUUCCAGUGCACCUGAAACUCCAAACAAACCUGCUAGCAAGAACGAUUUACUAAUCAUUGGCUCGAUAGCUUUAGACACGGUAGCUAAAAUGAACCCAGGUUCAAAAUUACAAGAUUCAAAUCCAGGAACAACUACAAAUUCAGUAGGAGGAGUGGGAUUUAAUAUUUCAUUAGCAAGCAAAUAUGGUUAUGCUAAUUCGAAAUUGAUUUCACAAAUAGGAAAUGAUUUUGCGGGAACCUUUAUUCUUGAUAAAUUGAAACAUGAAGGAAUAGAUACAAGUGGGAUUACUUUGGCUAAUGGUAAUACUGCUCAGUAUACUUGUAUUCAUGAUUCAGCAGGUGAAUUAGUAGUUGCAUGUGCUGAUAUGUCACUUAUCGAACAAGAUUUUUCAGAAAAUAUCAUAAAGGAAAUCGAGUACAAUCAACCUAACUUAAUUGCAAUGGAUUGUAAUUUAUCACCAACAACAACGUGCAAAGUAUUAUCAUCUAGUUUAUCAAACAUAAUUCUUGAGCCAACGUCGCACAUAAAAGCUAAAAGGAUAGCAGAAUUCAAUCUUCAAUGUUUCCCCAAUAAUAAAAUCCAACUUAUUACACCUACGAUCCAAGAAUUGAAUUCAAUAUAUGAAUCAUUCCAAUCAAAGGGAUACUUUAAUGAUUUAGAUAAUUGGUUUCCUGUGUUGGAUUCCUUCAACAUUAAUUCCAAUUUCAGAGACAAAUUAGACAGAAUCAAUACACCAACUAUAAAAGAUCUUCUAGCACAAGGAGUAUUCCAACAAUGUUUCCAUUUGUUGCCAUACUUUCAAAACAUUUUAGUUAAGCUAGGAGAUAAAGGUGUAAUACUAAUCAGUUUAUCUACAACAAUCGACGACUACAAAUCCAUACCAACAACAUCACAGUACCGGCCAGAGAUUCUACUCACAUCUCAGGGAACGAAACUUUCACAAGGUCGCAUGGGAAUCUCAGUCGAAUACUUCCCUAUUCCGCAAGAAAAUCGGAACUUGGAUAUAGUCAAUGUAACAGGAGCUGGUGACUCUUUUUUUGGAUACUUGGCUGCUUAUUUAUCAAGAUUCAAUUGGUUAAAUAGUGAAAUCACUUCAGUUGAACAAGUUUGGAAUAAAUGGGAGUGUAUUUAUAAAUGUCAAUUGGCAAGUGGUCUUUCAUUGGUCAGUACUAAUGCUGUAAGUGAAGAGAUUUCAAAGUUAUAGAAUGAUUGUAUUAGUUUGGUUUUUGCAACCAAAGAUUAAAGUGUAAAAGAUAAAUACGAGUGGUACUGGGACAACAUAUCUCGUAUAUGCAUGUCGUAACAACUUGCGCAAAAUUAGAGUUGCUAGUUUACAAAAGAGCAUGUAGUUGUCGCCCAGUACAAUUUGACCUAUUUUAAGAUUGUUUCUACCAAGCCUCCCAUUUGGUUCUUUCAAAAUUAACACUGAAGAACAUCAAUAAAUAUGUGACAUUACCAAAAA